UGUCAACAUGGCCGAAAUCUACACAUACAAAGCAAUCGACCUCGCAACAGAUGCCAUUCGACUGUUCCGUCUUUUCCCCGCUUCAGCUGACAAAGGAGACACUGAGCUCAUUCGGUGCGAGAUAUUCGAAACAUUUCUUCACCAGGUUGAAGGUGUGCCUUACGAGGCCCUAUCCUACACAUGGGGAGAUGCGACGCACCAACAUGAGAUUGAGCUCAACGGCAAGGUUCACCUCGUCACAUCGAACCUCUACCAGGCACUGCGAGAUUUGAGGCUCGAAAAUGAGGAUAGAGUUCUCUGGGUGGAUGCGAUUUGUAUAAACCAGCAGGAUGUUCGUGAACGUGGACAUCAGGUUGGACAGAUGACCCUGACCUACCAGAACGCGGACCGAGUGCUCAUAUGGCUGGGCCCGGGAUCGAAGCAUACAGAUGCAAUCCUGAGCUGGAUGAAUGAUUUAGAUCAGAGAGUCAUCGUCAGGCGUGACUAUAGGAGAAGCUCCACCGAGGCCUGGCGAGCAGAGCUGGCUGGGCUUGUCGAGGACCUCAACGACAGCGAUUGUAUCUUUCACCACCCGAAACUCUCGCCUGAGCUCACUGCCAUGAUUCCGCAGCUUUAUGAAGCGCCGUGGUUCAGGAGGAUCUGGAUCCUCCAAGAAGCUGUUAACGCCAGAUCUGCUCUCGUCAUGUACGGCCGUCGAUCCGUCCCCUCACGCACCUUUUCCGUGAUGCCAAUGCUCAUGGGGUUCGAUAUCGCCAAGGGCAAGCAGACCGUCCUGGAAAUAAUGCCGGGGCCCUUGCGUGCAAGCUCCUGGUGGAAGGAGCGACAUGACCUGGAGUUGCUGAUUGCAAAGUUCGCCGGCCACAGCGAGGCCAGUGACGAGCGAGAUAAAAUCUACGCACUGCUCGGCAUGGCGUCUGAUUCUGCCACGCCAAACAUGAUUGUUCCUGACUACGAGGUAUCCCUACAUGAUGUGAUUCAGCGAACAAUUGUGUACCUGCUUUCUAUACGCGGUAUAGAUGUGGGUCGUGAUACAUUGCCAUCUUGGGGACUGGAUGCUCUGGUCGAUGCUCUGCCGUCGCUUUGCUCACAACUGUUCGACUUUGCGAUCAAUAAUGCAUUAGAGCCAUUAGAUGAACUUGGGUUCCCUAUCGAGGAGGGAAGUGAAACAGUGGACAAAAAGUAUCAGUCAGAAACCUUGGCGGUGGCUGUGCUGCCACAGAUCACGGCCAGGAGCCUGCACGAGGGCCCCUGGCACUCGCCACCAACCCCAACGCUCUGCAUCCUGGCGAGGACUCGCCAGCUUGACCGAUUGACAGAGGCCCUCUCGUCGCGGGGUGACCUCGAAAUGAAUGGUGAUGAGGGGAAGACACCGCCAAUUGUCCUUGCUGCGCAAUACUUGAACUGGCAGAUGGUCACUACGCUACUGCGCAAUGAUAGGGUCAACAUCUGGGCUAUCUCGCCGCACCUGAUCCCGAGCUCUGUCAUCGGCUAUGCGGCACAGGACGGUCGGAUUGAUAUCAUGCAUCUGCUCAUCAAGUCUCCCGGGAUGCUUACGGCGUCUAUGUUUGAGCUUCACGUCCUAAAUGCCUUCGAACGCCUACGACAAUACUGCCUCAGACACGCGAGCGGUUUCGACAAGUCCCGCCUCUUUUUUUAUAAGCCCCACUGGCAGCAUGGGUUGAGAUGCAGUCUGAUCAGCGAUUACAUCCAGAGCCUGCGGGGAUUUGGAAAGGAGCUUGACCCUUGCGACAAAUUUACCAACACACCUUGGCUAUUGUGGUUGUCCGCCGCAUUGGGCGAUACCGCCGCUAUAACAUGGCUCAUAUCGCGAGGUGUACCGGUUGACGCCUGGGAGAGCUACAAAAGCCAUACUAGUCUCGGAGACGUGGCACCUACCCCUCUAUGGAUCGCUGCCUGCUGCGGUCACAAAGACGUCGUGCAAUUACUUAUAGACCUGGGCGCCGAUGCCAAGCCUUUCCCAUACAUGAAUGGCAUCACGCCACUAACCAUAGCAAUCAAAAACAGCCAUGAGGAAGUCGUGUUUUUUCUGUUAGAAAAGGUAGCCACAUUUCAAGGUACUGAGGGUAUCGAAAUGCCGCCAAUAUGGGUUGCAGCAACAGAGAGGAGCAUAAAUGUUUUCAGAAGGCUCGCAGCCCUUGGAGCCACGCCAACGGAGCCCCCUACGGAUUGGAAACCCAUGCAAUCGCUUCUUUCAGUCCACCACUUUAGUAGGGCGGGCCUGCUGGCGAUCGUGUCACGCAGUGGCAGUCUGCAAGUUCUCCACGGCGUCCUCAGCCUUCACAGUCACACCGAUAAUUCAGGAAAAGAUUCUUUUGGAAACACUGACCUGGCGCUUCUCGCAUUGGUCCAGACGGGCACCUAUGAAGGGCUAAAGUAUGCGGAAAUUAUUCUUAACUACAAGGAAGGCCUCUUGGGCUCAGCCGAUUCCGACCAUUUGCGAAGCGCGCUGGUCGCAUACUUUCAUAGCUCCACCGCGAGAGUCAAACUCUCACAUCAACUGCUGCAGAUCAAACCGUACAUGGCUGGAAAGGAAGAUCUCGUUCGCACUCUUGUCAUGCGAGCUUGGGAACUUGCGAAAUCGCAGCCUGCGGGAAAGGAGCCUUUGUGAGAAGACAUGGAGCAUUUAUUGGGACCAUUUUUGCGAUCCAGUUAAUAUAGUUUGGCUUGACAGCGCAACGCUUUGGGCAACUUUCGAACACCAUCCUAUGAUGCAUAGCAAGGACGCACCAUCCAGUGCCACGGCUGCCAUGGUGCCACCUGAAUAUUAAGACUGUGGAUGUUGACAUAAAAUACAAGACGUCGACUCCUACCUUUUUCCAGAGUGAUCUCUAUUUGGGAACAGCCUUCAGAUCUCUGAAAAGCGAAAAUCCCUGGAGUAUAUUCGGACGCAAUUUCUUUCCCGAGUCAGGGGUCACUCCCGACUGACUAUCACUGAUUCCCCAGUCGUUAGGCGACAGAACCCAGAGAGUCUGCAAUUUACGUAGUUUAGUGCAGCUGUGGCCCUCCACAACCUGAUACUGGCAUCAAUGCGCCAGACGCGACAGCGUCGAGAGCCGCAAACUGACCUAGUAGCGGGCAAACCUCACCUGAACCGAAAGUAGCCGCAUGCACACGGCCAGCAGACGGUUUAUUAGCACCGGGUCAAGAUGGAUUCUGAGGUUCAGAGCCUGGUAUCUUCAAGGCGGCAGAUAUGUUCAUGCAUCAAGUACUUGGCCCACCAGUGUCAAUGGUACGUAGAGGCGUCUUGAGGCUGGCCUUUGACCGUUUGGCGUGCAUAUC